GUUUCUGCCUGGUUGCUACCGCUGCAGUCGCAAUUCAAUGACGAAAGCCGGUCUUAGGUUUAAACCAAUUAUAGCGCUUUGCGUUUGCAGACCGACGUACGACGGGAUGUGGCGGAACUUUACGCUCUCACUUGUAUCUGUCAGGCGAAUUUCCAUCAUCACCGCUGUGUUCGAGAAGCGAUUAUGUUUUCAGGGUUGUUACCUCGUUAUAUCUACUCAAACAGAUCACGUACAGGAACUGGAGCCUGUCAUUGAAGCGAUGUCACCCACGGGUGAUACAGAGUCAGAAGGCUCCAGGAGACCUGCAGGAAAUAUUAGAACCCUCACACUGACCGUCUUCUGUGCAGCUAUUGGAGGCACCUUCCAAUACGGUUACAACAUCUCUAUCAUCAACGCUCCUACCAGCUACAUCCAGGCCUUUAUCAAUGAUACCUACGCGCAGCGAUCGGGUACCGGUCUGCACGUCAACCAAGUGACUCUUAUAUGGACUCUGACAGUCUCGGCUUUUGCACUGGGAGGUUUGGUUGGUGCGCUGCUGGCCGGGCCAAUGGCAGUCCACCUGGGGAGGAAAAAGUCUCUGCUGGUUAAUAAUGUCUUCUUGUUUGUUGCUGCUGUACUUGUACUGACCUGCAAGCUGGCACAGUCCUUUGAGAUGAUCAUCGUAGCUCGACUCCUGGUGGGGAUAAACUCAGGUGUCAGCAUGAACAUCCAACCGAUGUAUUUUGGGGAGAGUGCCCCCAAACACCUCAGAGGAGCUGUGGCCUUUUCCUCGGCUGUUUUCACCGCAUUUGGGAUUUUUCUUGGCCAGGUUGUAGGACUCACAGAAGUGCUGGGCUCAGAGCCUCUCUGGACCUACUUACUUGCAAGUAAUGCCUUGCCAGCACUCUUCCAGUUGCUUACUCUUCCUUGGUUUCCAGAAAGUCCCAGAUACCUGCUGAUUGACUGUGGAGACAAAGAGGCCUGUCUUAAAGCAUUGACGAGAUUCCGUGGAGGGGAGACUCCAGCUUCAGAACUAGAGGAGAUGCUUCAAGAACAACAGCAGCAAGUGAUAAAAUCCAAUGGUGAUUCAAUGACACUUAUUUCCUUAUUUAAAGAUGCCAGUCUCAGACCUCAGCUGAGAACCAUCAUAGCCGCCAGUAGCGCCAUGAUGCUUUGUGGCAACGACUCCAUCUACUUCUACGCCUAUUACAUCUUUGUUGAAGCACGUAUCCCCCUGAACAAAAUCCAGUAUGCAACCAUCGGCACUGGGGCGUCUGAACUGACUGCUUCCAUACUGAGUAAUAUUCUGAUUGAGCGUGUGGGACGCAGGUACCUCCUCAUUGGGGGGUACAGUCUAAUGACUUGUUGGAUUAUAGUCUUCACCAUCGCCCUGAACCUCCGCAGCCGUGGGUUUGAUGGGAUGGCCGACCUCAGCAUGGCCUGUGUGUAUGCCUACAUUCUCAGCUUUGGUUUGGGUCCUGCUGGGGUCACAGGAAUUCUACCUGCAGAAAUAUUUGACCAGGCAGCUCGACCAGUGGCCUAUAUGGUUGCUGGUUCUUUUAUGUGGAUCAGCCUGUUUUUGGUAGGAAUGUUGUUCCCCUUCAUCAUCAAGGGUCUGGGCGACUUCUGCUUUAUUCCUUUCUUGUUUGUCUGUCUGUUGUCUGCUAUCUUCCAGGGGCUGACCCUGCCAGAGACUAAAGGCAAGACUAUUGCUGAAAUUACUGCAGACUAUCAGAUAAAGAGACAAAAUAAGAGACGUCAACAGCAGGAGGCAGUGGAGGGCUAAACGUUUGCUCCAUCACCCUCUUUCCCCUGCUGCCGACCUAACGGAGAGCAAAGUUAAGAGUUUUAGGAAUCACACUGUGUAAACUAAAGUAAUUACUUUGGUGUUUGCAUGGUCGUUGAGAACAUGCAAACACCCUAUAGGAAGACCAGGAAUACCUCACAUGUAAUUGCCUUCAGGCGUAAAGUGUGUUUCCAAUCUCAAGGACGUGAUCCAGACAAUCAUAUAAAUGAAAAAUGCAAAUGAAAAAACUCACUGAAAAGCUCUGAAGGUGGUCUCUGGGGUCAUAGAUAUAUACCAAUACAAUACAUACCAAUCGGCUUGUCAAAGGAAGAAACCAACUGUUGUCAAAUGCACUUUAUUCAAAUGUCUUAUGUUGGUGAAAACUGCAGCCUCAGGUUCUACCUCAGAUCUCAGCGUCUGCAGUGCAGCAAAGUAUCCACCUGAGGUCACCAAAGUCUUUUUAAUUAUCAUUGCGUCCUCAUUAAGAAGAAAAUGUCAGAAGGACUAUUUAUUUUUUACAAAUGGAAGCAAAUCGCAAUUUUAAUUGCAGGGAAAAUUCUGUCUAGAUGCUGGCUCUUGUAUUUAUGAAAACCUCUACAUAUAGCAUGAUUAAAAAAAACUAUAGUAUUUAAUUAUAUUUUAAUGCAUCUUAUUUGCACGGUCUAUGCCACUGUCUAAUUCUGUAAUGUACUGUAAAAUGGUGGUCUAGCAGGAAGAUGACUGUAAAAUGUAUUCAUUUAUUAAACACCAACACUGUAUAUGCAUCAGCAAAACAUCCUGAA